CAAGUGCUGAGCUAUUUUUGGAAAGACUCUCUACAACCCAUUACACAAUUCUCCGGUCUGUUCAGCGCUCUACAGACCGUCAACUUUCUUGCGAAGAGACGAAUGGCCACGACCGAGGGUCCGGCCAGAGCACACGACCGCCAUGGACUCCGUCGGCCUUUCUCGAGCUGGAUGAAGCGUCUUGCCAAUCUCAAGAACUCAUCCGUCUCAAACCAUGCGGGCACGUCAAGUAAACGCGGCGGUUCAACGACAGGUUCGAAGAGCAAGAAGUGCAAGAACAAUCCAUAUCCUCUCUCAGGAACGAUCAAUACGAACAGCAGAAACGAUCGGAUAUCUUGGGCGGAAUCCACUGACUGUGGCACUCGCGCGUCACGUUCGCAAAGCCAGCCCUCCUUCACGGAAUCGAACUACGAUGGCCCAGUUCCUGCGACGAGUGCAAAGUCGACUGCCCCCACACUCUCUACGACCGCUGAAACUACAAUAUCAGAUGCAGGAUACUCCAAAGCAGGUACAUUGGCAACGACAGUAGGCGGCGGGAUCAGUUCCGCGGGAGGUGGCGAGGGGAGCACGUUCUCCUCGCCAGCGCACUCAGUACGGUCUUUGACCACAACUCUGACGACCGUUCAGUCGACUGCACCUUCAGCGCACCUUUAUGGUGUUCAGAACGGGGCUCAUGGGGGUGGACUGCCACAUGUGAGCUCGACGCAGAGCUCUGCCAGUCAACCGCUGGGCGUCCAGUUCACUCACCAGUUCCCGCCGUCGCCUGCAAGUGCGGUGCCACCUCAUUUGGCGCCCUACACAUACAGCACAGCGACUGCGAACAAUAUGCUGACCGAUAAUGCCUCGAUCCUAACGCUUGCGUCCUCAUCGAAGCGUCGUCGUCGGAACUCGCUUGAUACGAACGCCUCGGUGCGUGCUUUGGCUCCUUCCUCGGUCUUUGGCGGCAGUCGUGAGAGUCUACCGCUGAGUGUCCUGAGCGGGAGCGUUGUAGACAACACGAAUGCAUCCGUCUUCAAUGCCUCUGGCGUUGUUCCUCGUCCUAGCAUUGGCGGUCUCGCGGGCACUGAACGUGCCAGCAUAUACUCUGCAACCGGUACUAUGGCCCUUGGCACUAGUGCUGGCGACAGAAGCAGCUAUUAUGCAAACAAGCAGAGCUCAGGAACGGGAGAUACGGGCAGUAUUAGGAGUGGCAUCCAAUCCCACGUCCGCCACGACAGCGCAACCGGAAGCCUGGCGGGAGGAGUUGGCAGCCCUCUAGCGAGCCCUGCAGUGAUCUCUUCUGGUGCUACAGGUCGCAUCAGCAGACGAAGCUCUGGAUGGGCUGAAGUUACGGGCGUAGCUUCUGAAGACGAGGAGACGGAAGGGAGCAAAGACGAUGAGGAGAGCACAGAAACUCAAACUCAGAUGAACCUAUCUCCCGAGACUACGAAGGAAGAAGCAGUCCAUAAGGAGACCGAUACCAAAGCUGGAGAAGUCAACUAGGGAUCGACACGACAUUCCACGAUAUCUGAUAAAGUCUACUUCUUCGAGUACGGGCAAGGCGCCAGUUUCUUUCAUUUGAUUUUUUUUCUCUACGACGGAUGAACAAGGGUUUGGAACAGCGACGGGAUUGGGAAAUGGGGUCUCUUUGUUUUUAUGGGUUUACUUUUUUUUUACUUUGUUCCUACUGCUUAUUU